GUUUAUCUCGUCUAGGGAUCACAGGGAGGUCAGAUACAUCGCUUGGACUUUUGACUAUGAAGUUCACCAACUUGCUACGGGGGCAGAAGAAUGGCACGCUAGACCUCAAUCAUGCCGCCAAACUGUUGGGAGUACAGAAGCGCCGGAUAUAUGACAUCACAAAUGUGCUGGAGGGCAUAGGCCUGAUUGAUAAAAAGUCUAAAAAUAUAAUGAUGUGGAGAGACGAUCACCCGGAAGGGAUACCAAAGUCUGAGGCGGAGAUUGCCGACCACAUCGAGAUGUUAGAACAAGAGAUUAAGGACAUGAUACAAGAAGAGAUGACCAUUGAGAGGCACUACAACACGCUCAUAGAGAGCAUGAAGCAGCAAGAUGAGGACCAAAGCACCCUGCCCUACAGGUACAUCUCAUGCGACGAGAUGAUGAAGCUACCUUCGUUCAAAGAUCAAACAACGAUAGCCGUAUGCACGCCUCAGGGGGUCAACGGCACGAUGCUGACCUACAUGCCUAUUACAGGGAAAGAUGGUAAGGAGUUGUUCCAGUUGGAGAUAACCAAUGAUAACGACCACCCGUUGGACGCGUUUCUGGUUGCCAGCGAAGGGAUGCAGAAUCUUAAGACCCUCGAUGGCAGCGGUACUGACGAUGAGGCGGAUGGGGACCAGUAUGCAAAUGGGCCCGAAAACCCUGGUAUGGAGUCUGGGGUGUUCUCACCCCCAGAGUUUGCGGAGGAUCAGGCCUUACAAGAAGACCGUGGCGUGUAUACAGCGCAGCUCACGCGAAGGAUUCCACAGGGUACACAGACACAAACACAGGCACAGUCACAGUCGCGUAAGCGAGACAAGGCGAGUAGCAAGGCUAAACAGGCAGAAAGCGGGACCGGUGAGGAUCGGGAGGGCUCCAGUUCUAAGCCAAGGGAGAAGUCUUCGGCAUCCCUGAUCAAACUAGAGCCGCCCGCGGUCGAUACCGAGUUCUACUACAGUCUGGACCACAGCGAAGGCGUGUCCGACAUGUUCGAUUUGAAAUAGUGUGGCAAAGUCCUCUAAGGACGACUCUAUACAUAUGAUAAUAAUGAUAUGAUAUGAUAUGAUACAAUCAUUCAAUUCUGCUACCGGGGGUACGUGUAGUAGCGGUGUUGAGACUACGCCACCGUGCAUUGUAAAAUAUCUAUGUAUGUGGCCCCGUUCGAAUGUACUACGGGUGUGGGUAGAGAACACCUCAACUGGCGGAUGAGAUGGAGACGUAGCUGGCUUUGGUGCGCAAUAGUGUUGGGAGUUCUCGUCUGGCAUGCUGUGCAUAUACCUACUUCCGGCAGAGGGUGUGUCAUUGGAUGCCGAAGUUGCACACUAAGUUGACCACGCCUCAGAUCUCACCGAAAUAGACAACAAUUCUUUACUUACCAUCCCAUGGUGGACUAGUCACUGAUGAGCCAAUCGAAUUAGGACGUGGAAUCGCCUGCAGUGUGCUUGUGUGCGCCGAGUGGGUAGAGUGUGGGCGGUGAGGCAAUACACUACGGAUCAUCGAUACAUUAGGGCCGACCCAGAGCACAGGCUCUUGCAACCCACUCAUACUUACGACGGAAGUGCGGUACCUUAUGUAAGUUAUCACUAAGUCCGGCUCGCGAACAUGCCUGUAGUGUCUAUAUGGGUUUCCAAAAGGUCUUCUUUCUUUAGGAAAUAUUCUUUGAUACUCUUGAGUGCUUGUCGUCAGCGUUCUAUGCAAAACACAAAGGGCUGUCUUUUAAGCGAUGACCUGUGCAACCCUAGAUAGGACACGAGCCACGUACUGAAGCAUGCGACAGAGUAUUUCACGAUAGAACAUAUCACAACAAAUCUCAUCACUUUACAUACAUCAGUCGCCACAUAUCGCAUAUCACAUCAUAUAAUUACAUUGAGCUAUACGCGUACUUCACAUCAGGAUGUACGUGUAUAUCGUAUGUCUCAUAGGCAUUCGGCGGUCGAGCUUGUGCGUCGUUACGUUUUCGUGACAGUAUUAUAAUAUACCAAAAAGCAAAACAUGACAUAGUGUACCAUUAUCUUGACCUCUCUGCCUGACAGAACGUCUGAUCAUGCGAUCCCUUGUCGUAGGUUUGCUUUAAAAACUUAGGUUUGGGCGGAGUCGUGGAGCUCUAGAAAAAAAAAGGAAUCUCAAUUAAAAUGAGUUGGACUAAAAUGACUGGUUCUACACAAAGCCCAGGCUGUAACUGUUUGUUCAAAUUAUUUGUUCAUUCCGGCCAAAAAUGCAUCAAACUCUUUUUCAACCCCAACCCGGGCCCAGCG